AUGAGCGCCCGGACACGACGUCAAAAGGCUGCCCUGGGCGUGCCCGCCGACGAUAGCGAGGAUUUGUCUGCCGGUAAUGGCACACCGUCAUCCCCGUCCAAGUCCAAGCGGGCGCCAUCGAAAAAGAGGUCCCGGUCCUCCCUGAAGGAAGAGCCCCGGGAGAACAUCUUCUUGUUCAUUCCGAACCUCAUCGGAUAUUUCCGAGUUGUCCUCGCCAUCGCAUCCCUUUACUACAUGCCCCUCCAUCCUCGAACUUGCUCCCUUCUUUAUAGCGUGUCCUGUCUGCUCGAUGCAUUGGAUGGAUAUGCGGCGCGAUACUUCAACCAAUCGACUACGUUUGGUGCUGUCUUGGACAUGGUGACAGAUCGCUGCACAACCUCUUGCUUGAUCGUCUUCCUGAGCUCUGCCUGGCCCCGAUGGGCGAUCAUCUUUCAGGGCCUGAUCUGCCUGGAUUUGGCCAGCCACUACAUGCACAUGUACGCCACCUUGAGCAUGGGUGGCUCCGACCAGAGCCACAAGAAGGUUGAUUCCAGCCGCAGCUGGGUCCUCUACCAGUACUACCACAGCAAGGUCGUCUUGUUCAUUUGCUGCGCUCUCAAUGAGCUGUUCUUUAUUGGACUGUACCUCCUCUCCUUCUCCUCGCCGAUCCUAUCGCCUUCGCUCCUCCAACCCAUCGGCGAAGCCCAACCCCUCUCAGCGCAGCCCGGAAACCCCGCCAAUCCGGUGCCGAGCAGUCUCUUUGCCAGCCCGUGGAGCGCCGGCGCCCUCGAGAUGGCCCGCGCGAACAAGAUCGAUAGCUUCUGGCCUUGGGUCAUCACCGGCAUCUCGGCCCCCGUUAUGCUAUUCAAGCAGUUUGUCAACAUUAUCCAGCUGGUCAAUGCCAGCCGCUGGUUGGCUGAGGGUGACCGUCAGGCCCGUCUUGCCAACCGCAAGAAAUAA